UCCCCCCAAUUUUUAAUGUUCUGUGCAUGCGCAGACCUAUUUAUGGGCAACUGCGCACACAGAAAAUUGCACACCCACCGAACCAGCAGUAAUGCCAGCAGCAACCCACCCCUGAUUUGAAGCUUAUAAAAAUAAAACACACAAUAAUUCUUAUCUUAACAUCUUCCUUCUUGCCUCAGUCCUGUCUCCCCUUAGAAAGUGAUUGUCUUUUCUGGGCUAGCAUAAAAAACCUCUCAUUUUGUUGACUGUUGUUGCACCUUAGAGCCUAACUGGUCACUCUUUGCUCCUCUACAACUCAGUAUGUUGGCCCUGCAAGUCAACAAGUCUUUGUUUCAUGAAGAGUGACUCACACAAUAACAAUGCUUUAAAUCUUCAUCCACAAGAUGAAGCCCCCAUGAUUAUUUGAAUAAUCCUUUUCUGAUUUUGGUGUCUGCCUUGUCUUCCCACCCCACAAAACAUCCCACUGAUCUCUUUCCUGGGAGCAGUCAAUUCUAGAACAUUUUGAACUAGGAGUCACAAUUUACUCUACCUUGGGUGAUCUCUCUCUCAUAACCCACUUCCAGAAAGCCUGCAACGGAAAGAAAGCAUCACCUCUGCCCUAAGCGAGUGGCUUCGUAAAGAGCAAGAAAUGGAUUCUACAGAAUCACAUGGAUUUUUCCUAGCGAGCUUCCUGGUCCUCGUGUUCUUGGGAGAUCUCACAGAUGCCUGCCGCUGUGAGCGAUUAACUCUCCAGAAAGCAUGUUGCAAAGCUAAGAUUGUGAUGAGGGCCAAAUUUAUGAGCGUCAAGGAAGAUCCAGAAUCUCCGUCAUAUUCACCCGAUAAUAUCUAUACUAUUCAGCCCAUUGAGGUGUACAAGGGUCCAGAGAAAGUAAAAAAGGCACAGUUUCUCUACACCUCAGUCUCAGAUAAUUUCUGUGGAUAUAUACACAAAGGGCCUCUCAAAGGAGAAGAAUAUGUAUUUUCAGGGUGGAUUUCUGGUGAUCGUUUUCAAAUCUCCUUGUGCAGCUUUGCAGAACCAUGGGAUAAACUAAGUGAUGCACAGAAAGUGAAGCUCAACAGUGUCGUUGAUAAAGAUUGCAGUACCAUCUGUGGACAAUUAUAAAAUUCAUGGCCUUUGCUGUCAAUAUACAACUGCUUAGAGAAUGGCAAAUAACCCAGAUGUACCCGGAUGCUUGUUAGAAGAAAGCAAAUGUUCAAAAGAAGAUGAGCAGCAAAUACAUCUAAUAAAUGAAAUGAAAAGAAAUGUGAUUUAAGGGUGUCAUUUAUUUUUCAGAUCUGUAUGUUCUCCAUGUCAUUCCAUCUUGCUAUGUACAAA